UUCCAAUAUGGCAACCAGGUGGGGGAUCUGCAGCGCGGGGAAGAUCAGUCAUGAUUUCACUGUGGCCCUGAAAACUCUCCCGUCUGAGGACCAUCAGGUUGUGGCUGUGGCAGCUCGGAAGCUGGAAGAUGCACAGGAGUUUGCCAAAAAGCACAGCAUCUCCCGAGCGUACGGCAGCUACGAGGAGCUGGCCAGAGAUCCAGACAUCGAUGUGGUGUAUAUUGGAGUUAUCCACCCCUACCAUCUGAGCACAUGUCUGCUCUUCACGAACGCCAAGAAGAAUGUGCUGUGUGAGAAGCCGCUGGCCAUGAACACCAAGGAGGUGCAGGAGAUCCUUGCCUCUGCCAAGAGGAAUGACGUCUUCCUCAUGGAGGCUGUGUGGACCCGGUUUUUCCCGGUCUCUGUGGAGAUCAGAAGGCUUCUGGCCCAGGGGGAGGUGGGUGAGGUGAAGAUGGUCAGAUCAGAGUUUGGUGUGCCAGUGUUGCACAUACCAAGAUCGGUGCAGAAGGAGCUGGGUGGAGGAGCGAUACUGGAUCUUGGCAUCUACUGCCUGCAGUUCAUAUGCAUGGUGUAUAAUGGAGAGAAGCCAGAGUCCAUACAAGCCACGGGGGUCUGCCUGGAGACGGGUGUGGAUGAGACUGUGGUUGUCACUCUGAAGUUCUCCAAAAACAGGAUGGCCGUGUUUACCUGCUCCUCGGGUGUACAGCUGCCUAAUGAAGCCAUUAUUGUAGGCACAAAGGGCACCAUCAGGGUGCCUGCCCACAUGUGGUGCCCCACAUCAUUGGUGGUGCAUGGGAAGGAGACUCAGUAUCCAGUGCCAGAGCCCUGUUUGCCUCUCAACUUCCUCAACAGUACAGGGAUGUGUUAUGAAGCAGAAGAGGUUCGACAGUGUUUGCUCAAAGGUCUGAAGGAGAGUGCAGUUAUGUCUCAUGCUGACUCUCUUCUGCUGGCUGAGGUGGAGGAAGAGAUUCGAGGGCAGGUGGGGGUGGUGUACAGUCAGGACUGCCAGUAAAAUGCUGCGUGUACCGACACUGUGAUUUCUUACAAUUACAAAAAAAAAGUUUAUAAUUAUGGAAUAAGUUGUUCUUACGUCCACACACUAAUCAGUGAUUCACUUUAUCUUGUGAGGAUGAAGAAAGGUAAUUUUUUUUAAGGUAACUUCAUCUUAUUUUUGUCAUAGGCCUGACUAUGGCUAAUGUGUUCUAAUAAAGAUACCUGACAUGAUUUUACUUACCGUAGUUUAGGUCAAACCACACAAUGAAACACUGUAAAGACUUUGGAUGUAUAAAAUAAAUUUUCAAUGACA